AUGUCUUACUACGACGUCGACGCCAUCCUCACUGACUCGCAAAAAGUCCCCUGUACGUUCGAGCUGGACGUCCCCAAGCUGGGCUUCCUCGAUGGCAACGCUGGCGGAGAUGUACGUCCCGGCUCAAAGGUCGAGCUGCCUCUCUGGCUGGGCGAGAUGCUCGCUGUAGGGGCCCGUCAAGGCUCGUCGCCGCUGGUGACGCUGGAUCUCCCCAAAGCGCUGUCAGAGCAGGUCAUGAACGCUCUCAAGGCAGACCCUAGAACUGUUGAUCUCCGAGCCCUUGCGCCGCACUUUUACCGUCUGGGCUGUAGGAUCCUGCAGCUCUUCGAGGAGGAGGAGAUGGCCGACGUACUUUCUCAUACGUUCAAGACGAGGGCGAUGCAGAUAUCCGACCAUGCCCAUAACCCUGCCGGCCCAAUGUCUGGACAGGAGUUCCUCCGUGGCCUGGACGAGACGGAACGUCAGCUCUUCCGAGCGGCACAUGAGGGUGUCAAGGACAUGAGAGCUUGGACGGGUGAAGGGAAGAAGUGA